AUGUCGGCAUCUGAUCUCCGCACAGAGUUUAUCGGCUCGUUAUGCAGCCGCUUGGAGCUGAUUUUGCCCGUGCGCUCCGGCUACAACUUGGCUGAGGUUGAACUCAAUCCUCAGUUUAUCUUAACAUCAAACAUCUUCUUUGCCAAUUGCAAGUCCGAGCCGCUGCAGGGUCUGCGUUCCUUCAUGUCAUACAUCUUAGAGUCGUUUGUGGCCAUGUUGGAGAAGCUCAACAUUGAUGUGCCUUCCCGAAAGUUGAAGGAUAGGGACGAUCGCACCUUGACCUCCACCCUCGUGUUGACUAAGCUUCUAUCGGCACUCGUCACCUUCAACUGGGACCGCUCGCGUACUGUAAAGCCUGCCGAUGCCGUGGCAAACAAUUCGGGCAUCAAUUUCAACUAUGGCCUCUCACAUCAGUCUGCUUGCUUGCACUUGUAUGGCCAAGAGAAGCCAAACGCUCUCGAGGUGGACAUGCACCAUGUCUUGGAAGUAUUAUUCUCGCUCAUCUCCGAAGACUAUAACCGUUCGGCACUAGCGCAUAUCCGUCGUCUAGAGCCAGAGCUCUCGGCACAUUUAGAAUAUGAGUUGUCUCCCAGCUCCAACGUGCUGCCCGAGGUGCUCCGUCAAUAUGUCGAGGAGAUCGACGGUCACAUCCUGGUGGUGUUGCGAUAUGUGGCUGUCUCUAAUUCGCCCGACUACUUCUCUUUCAUGCUGCGGAAACUCUUCGCUUGGCUGGAAAGAGGCGAGUACAUUCCCACACUAGUACUACAGAAAUAUGCAUGUCUGUUGAAGUUUGUUUAUCCAGAGGAGAACAAUGCCACCACCUACUCGAAGCAGGUAUAUCAGACGCUCCCUUAUGUGAGGUCCAACACUUGGAAACAGCUCUAUUUAUACUAUGGCUCGUUAAACCUCCGAACCCAAAGUAUCUACCGUGAGGACUUCUACACGAGCCUCGUGAGUGCUGGUAGUGAGACUGAGCAAAACUGCAAGCUUCUAUUUGACUUCGUGUUGACUGUCUUCGAAGACCAGCCAAACGUCAACCCAACCCUUUUCACUUGGUUUGUUCUUACCUGCCCGUCUGAUUUCGACGAAAUGCUCCUGAAGCCAAAUAAACUAAAGCAGGCAUUCAACAAGCGAGUCAAGUACCUUUAUGGAUUAUUGAAGGAUGCGCAAAAUGGCGCUAACUUGGACUGUUUUGAGAGCUUGAUCUCUAUCUUCUCCUUGGGUUCUCGUAUCCCCAAUAUGAGCGGAGGGGUCAGACACUUUAGUGUCCAGUACCUAGAUCAGACAUAUGCAAAUCUACAAAAGAUGCGUGAUCGUUGCAAAGCAAACGGCACCAUGACGAGAUUUGUGAGCUUGAUGGAGAAGUUCAUGAUUUCUGCUAUUGUCAUCAAACCAGAAUUCUAUGUGGAUGAGUCAAUCAGAUUAUACAAGGGAUACUCUAACCUCUUCGAGAAUGAUUGCAAGGAGUCAUGCCUGUGUGGUUUUGCUUUACUGUCCGUCAGGGUCAUCAAGGGUUUGUCCGAGAUUUCACAGUAUAGACCUUUCUUUGACAUGAUCUUGAAGAGAAUGCACAAGACAUUGCGCCAAAUGUUUAUGGACGCAUUCUCCAAGCUCCGAGAUUAUGAGAUUGCUCAUACUACUUGGGCAUCACCAUCUUCGAUUUUGGCCUCUCCGAUUGAGAAACAAGUCAAUGAAACCGACAAGCCUGUCGUCAACAGUCCAUUAUCUCAUGCUUUAAAGAGAAACUUGGAUUACGGGAUUGGCUACGUUAACGAGAUGCCAAUUGAAGACCAACGAGAUGUCGUGGAUACUUCUGCCACCAUGCAUAGCAUCUUCAAGACUCCUUCGGAUUCCACUCCAGCUGCCACAUACGAUCUCAGUUGUAUCAAGGUCACAGAGGUCAUUCUCAGUGACCUCAUGAUCAUAUUUUCUGCGGCUCCAGAUUAUUACUACUUCUCGCACGUAGAAUACAGCGAGUCUAAUCCUUUCCAAGGUAGGGAUUUAAUGGAAUUUGCCGAAGAGCUUUGUGCGCCACUCAGAUUAGCAUAUCGCUUCAAAUCUGUCAAUGAAAACUCAAAAUUAUUCGAGGCCGCAUGCGAUUUGGCAAUGACUCUUGUUGAAGAAGAUAAAACUGGGUUAAGAAGUACGCCAUUCAAAGAAUGUACCACUUUCGUUGUUACCCAUUAUAUUGUGAAAGUGGUCUCAGAAGCAUGCAUGUUGUUCUCGUUGACAGAUCCAAAGUUCAAGUUAUGCUUUAUUUUUAUCAACAAGUUUUUACAAGAAAGAGAUCAGGUAUUCCGCCAUGUCAAGGAGAACCCUUUUCUCAAAGAAUCAUGGGUCCAUGCAUUUUGCAGUGAUGUAACCGAAUCUGUCGAGAUCAUAUUGCUACUAGCAAUGUGCACACAUGAUGUGCAAUUCUUUGGAAUGGCUAAAAUUACAAUGAGAUGGUACCUUUUGGAAGUGAUGGAAGGUGUUCAUCCAAAAACAUGUACACAGCACACAUUGUCUAAGACUUUCAGACGAAUUCUCGAUGAUGAUUCAGUGUUUACAGGCUUCGUCUCUCUACACAAGAAGUUGAGAAGUAUUCUUAUGGAUGCAGAACCCACAACAUCAUUAUACCACGUUUGGCUCUUAAUCUACCAGCGCUGGUUGGACAUGAUAAAUGAAGGAUCUAAUCUUGGUGAUGGAAGCUUAGUGUUCAGACAUUACACCGGAUUUUUGGUCUCCACUUCUGGAUGCUUCCUAGAUACACGCUUUUCAAAAGGAGAUGUCAAGGAAAAAGAAAAAGCUACGUCCUUUGUUUCUGCGUUUUUCGACAAGGCUAUCAGUUUAUUGAACUCUAAUGAAUUGGUCAUCAGAGUGGUUAUUAAAGAUGCACUCUCGAAUGAAUCGCAUUCUGCGGUUUUCCACUUGAUCUGCAACAAGCUCAUGAAUGUUGCGACCUUUUAUAUCGAGCAAGAACUGAUUACUGACGAGGCAAUCCUCUUCACCGAGCAGUUAAUCACGGUUAUUACUGCCAUGGUAAGUGUUGACAAUGAUGGUGCAUUUGCGCUUGUGAGUUUGCUUCCUGACGUAUGCCAAUACUUGAUUAAAUUCAACAGCUUGGUUACUAAUCCUACUGACAAUCUUAAAUUGAAAUUGAGAUUUUGUAAGUUGGGCCAUGCGAUCGAAAAUGAUAGAGUCAAAAACGGAUUAAGUGGAUCUUACAAAUUGAGGAAUCAGUUUGCCAAAGCAUCUGCCGACUGGUUAGAGCAAUCCAUAUUCCCGAAAACGGAUGAUAAUGGCUCUUCUUCCGAUUUACCUUCUAUUUUGUCUUCACCACUGUCAACGUCCACAACACAAGCAAGGUCAUCAGAGAUUGAUUACCUUCAAAUCGAAUUAGCGAGUGAAUGCUCCAAAUUAUUGGAGAUGCAACUACAGGAUUUAAUUUUGGAGAUUCCAGAAGGAACAAAAGAGAAGAAUAUUAGACUGAGCAAGGAUUUGAUUUUCUCAAACUACUUCUCCUUAUUCUACAAGAUUAUUCAGAAACACACUUCGACUACUCAAUCGCCUUUGAUGCUUAGAUCAAAGUAUAAGGUUCAGACUGUGACAGACAACAUCUUGAAAUCUAUUGCGAACUUGCUCCAAUCUGACAGCCAAAUUGGAAUGCAGUUUGUUUUACCAUUGGGUUACCAUGAGAACAAAAAGAUAAGGUCGAUUUUCUUGAAUAUUUUCGCUUCAAUGCUUUCUUCUAGAAAGAAGCAGGGUGCGAAGGAAGAAUUUCCAGAUGAAAUUGUGGAGCGCAUGGCUGAAGUUUGUGAUGUAUAUGGUGCAGCAGCUGAGGUUGCCUCUGCUGCCGAAUACAACUUGUUAGCAACAUCGCUCCAUGGUCUAUUCGGAUACACAAAGAAAUUGGACAGGUUAUUUACUACUUUAUUACAGGACGAAAUAGGCAAUGUUGCCCGUUCUUCUGAUAUCUUCAGAAGAAAUAGCACUCUUACACGUUUAAUGUCCCUUUUUGGCAAAGAGUAUGGGUUACCAUACUUAACUGUGGUAUUGAAGCCAUUCAUUGAAGACUUGGUUGACCAAGAUUUAAGUGUUGAGGUUGAGAAGUCAUUCGAUGACCAGAAUGUCGAGAUCUUCAUGGAAUAUCUCACAAAAUUGGUUGAUACCAUUGUUAAUUCCAUGAAAUGGGUUCCAGACGCAUUUAAGUUUGUUUGUUCAGAGAUAGAGAAGUCUAUUCUGGGAAAGUUUGAGAAUGCAUCUCUUGUUGCAGUCGGAUCGUUUGUCUUUCUUAGGUUCUUCUGUCCGGCAAUCAUUAGCCCAGAAUCCUUUUUCGAUAUGCCUUCGACCAGUCUUAAGGUAAAGAGAUCGCUCAUGCAAUUGGUGAAAGUUCUCCAGUACAUUGCCAACGAUUCCCUUGGUCUCCUUAAGUGGCCAGGACUACAAGGUCGAGCACAAGAGUUGGAAGCAUUGAACAGGAAAGUUUUCAAUUUCUUGAAGAUUUUAGCAGACACUCCAAGCAGAGAGAGGUACCCAUUUCACAGGUUGACUUUGAAGCCUUACACAAGCUUGAGGUAUCUUCACAAGUUUCUUUAUGUAUACAGCGUUCCAAUUAAGCACCGGUUUAUUCUUGGUGACCCACUUGCGAGAGCAGGAAACUUACACGAAAGGGUCUUAACCUGGAGAAAGUUGGACAUAGUCCUCAAGGAUCUUGGCGACCCCAAGCCGUAUAUUUCUUUGCAAGGAACGACAUCUUAUAAACUGGCAGACAAUUUGGGAAACUCCCAAUAUUCUGAGUUCAUGGCUAAGAUGUCAGCCAAGAACAUAGAAAUGGCAGUGGAUGUUCCUGUUGUCCAUAGCGCAGUCUAUCAUGAUGGUACUCCCGUUGUCAUAGUGAACUUCAGAUAUAUAAAGGACGUUGGAUAUGAUAUCAGCACAUUUGUUUAUCUCAUCCUCGAGACCGCGAGCCAAGUCUGGGACAACAAAUUCUAUGUUGUUCAUGAUUUCACACAAUUCUUCUAUAUGGGAAUUAUUGGAAGAAACUAUGUGAGUUUGAUGCGAAACUAUGCUCCAUCGAUUUACUUCAACAAUUGUGCCAGAGCUUAUUACUUCAAUCUACCACGGGCAAGUUAUUUGAACAUCAUAGGAAACAUGGUGAAGUUACGCAUAGAGGAGAAUAAUAAUGACUGCAAAGUUUAUUUCUAUUCGCAGAGUGACGAGCCAGAAGUCAUCAAUAAGUUAUGCCUUGAGGAAUCGAUCGUUGCCAUUAAUCAUGAAGUGAGAGUUGUUUACAAGGAUUGUUACCUUUAUGAUGAGAACACCCAGACCCUUACUCCUGUUACGAUGAGACUCGGAAGACGGUGGUUACAGAUUUGUUUUCAAAGUGUUGAAUACUCCCACUAUUUCACUGCAACUCGUUGGGUAGCCCCCGUGGAAACGCAUUUGUUGGCAGAUUUGACCAGGUGUGAAAUUUCAAAUAAGAGCAAGCGUCCUAAUGAGUUCACACUCUACCUCAACAAGUACAAUUAUGAAGUGACAGUCAUUUCUCCACACAGACAGGAGAUCUUGCGAUUUUUGUAUUUUGCCAUGUUGAGGACUUCUCGCAAGGUUAUAAAUUUGAAAACCUCUGGCAACGAAUUGGAAGAGCAAUCUCAGUGGUUUGGAAGAUUAUACAAUAUUGUGUUCCACGGUUUACUUGAUACUGAUGACAAUGUCCGCAGUGCAUCUUCCAAUUUAUUUGCAUCGCUUUCAACUUACUUUGAUAUUGAUUUUGGCAUCUCGACUAGUCAUGCAAAUCUCAUUUCUUUCCCUGUCGAUACUACAGAGUUUGUUGUUUCCGUUUCCACCUACCUUGCCAAGAAGCUGCCUGAGCGAACUUUUAGAUUCUUGAAGGCAUUCUUUAGCAGCUUCCUGAUGUUGCCUCCCGGACUUCGAAUUAGUGGUAUUAUGUGUGCCUCACCAUGGGUUGAUAAUGUUGGCGACCAAGUUCAUAAUGAUGACGAGGGACCCGCUAAAGUUGCCGAAAUCAUUCGACAAUUUUGUCACAUUACUGUCCAGAAUAAAUCUCAACUGUCUUUCAUCAACGAGUAUAUUUGGAAGAAGCUCUUCUCGGAGUUGAGAUUGACUUCAAUCUUGAUGGAUGAGAUCAUUGCUUACAGCAUAGAGAACAAGUCUGAAGGCUCUGGAUGGGACGCCAUCAUUUCAGUCAUCAGCCCAAGUAUUGAAUUGUGUGGAGAGGCCACCUCACGCUUGAUUGACUGCAUUCGCAAUACAAGAAAAGAUGAUUCAGAAAUUGCAUCUCAGACGAAGUUGCUUGAGAUCACGGUGCUUGUGAAGAUCUGCGCUUCUCUAUUCUUCAACUCUUAUGUAUACGGAGCGUUGUACCUUCUGGAUGUCUUCUUUUUCUGUACUUUGUUCAUCGACAGCCCAACUUUGGAGUUUGGCUCUGAUUUGCAGAAGUUAGUCAUCAACACUAUUCAAUCAUUUAACCACAAACCAGACCUUACUUCCGAACAGAGAAGAUUGAUCGACGACACAAUUGAUUACUUCAGUGGCCAAAGAGCUCGGAUGUUAUUUGGAAUGACGCCCAGGGAUCGCGCAAUUGCCUCAGACAACAGUCAGCACUACAGCCGCUCGACUUCAUUUGAGCUCUUAUGCGAUUACUUGAGUGACUUUAUGUUGCAGAUGGGUUCUGCUGAUGAUCGUACUAAAUGGAUGACUCGUUGGGCUUCGCUUUCGAUGAAUAUUGCAUUCAGCAAUUCCUUUUACCAGAAGAGAGCACUUCUUGCUGUGUCAACAUUUGCUAGAUCAGGAAUCAGCGAUGCAACUAGUGGCCGGAUUUUGAAACUUCUCGGAGGAAUAAUGUUUGAUGAUUUUGAGACAUACAUUAAUGUUGGUAUUUGUUACACUCGUCUAGAGGAAGGAUUGACAUCUGACUCUGUAUACUUACCACUCAUUAUUUGGGCUCAGAUUGGAUCGUUCAUGAUUCGCAUCUCAUCAUCAUAUCAAUCAAUUGCAGCAUGCUUGACGAACUCUUUGAAUAAAUUGGAAAAGUGUCUGAAGCAUCUCGAUUAUAUUUUCGAGCAUCGGAUGCACUUGGAACCACUCUUUACCAAGUUUGAAAACAGAAUAGGAAGGAAGGUCACGAAAGCAAAUUUCGAGUUUACUAUCUUCUACAUUAUCUGUUCAGGAUUAACUUCCUCUCAAUUUAGGCACACUUCCAUCCUGCUCUUAAAGAAGGUGUUGAGGCAUAAAUUUGCAUCUCACACAACUGGGCUGAUCUCUAAUAGCGAGUUUUAUUAUCACUAUAUGUUCAUCCUCUGGCUUUCUGUUUCUGAGUCUUCUUUUGUUGAAUUUUUGGGCGAGAUUGAGCUGCAAGAUCUCCCGAUGAUCUCCGUUGGAAAAUCCACGAUUCCAGAAGUCAUUCUUGAAAACUUGACAUGCAACAGCGAUCUCUCCAAGUUGGUUUUCAUUCUCGCGUCGCAUAUUUUCUCUAAAACCAGUGAUGCUACAUACACCGGCAGAUUCAUCUCGGUGUAUUCCUAUUUGUUCAAGACAGCAAGACCAACAGCAUUGGUGACUUUCCAUAUUGUUAGAAUCGGGCUUGAAGCCAGUGUGAUCAAUAGUGCCACAAUCAACUUGGUCAAUGAGAUUGCAGGUUUAUUGGUUAAUGUCAUACUGGAUGCUUCCUACUCAUCUGGAAAAUAUGAAUCUGAAGUGAAGGAGUUGUUGAUAAAAUAUGAUUUUAAGUCCAUGGAUCAAAUUGGAGACUUCGUUGGAAGCGGAGGCGAAGUACUUAAGAGUAAAGAGACUCUUGCGUUGGCCAAAUUGAUUCAAGAUAUGCUCUACCGAAGCUUCUGCAGUGUAAUCGAAGGACAGCGGUUGGAAGAGUUUUAG